AAACGCCCUUGAGUGCAUUCACUAACACGCCCUAUGCACGUCCCGGAAAUGACGUCAGCGCGCCGCAAUUCAAACUCCAGGAAACGAAAAUGUUUGACGUGUAAACGGUCUUGUCGGAAGAAGGCUGCUUUCCUGAAUAACUUCUUUUAUUCUAAAUUUGUCCCAGCCGAGCAGCCAUGACAUCUAAAGGGGCUAAGGAGACCAUUGUCAGCAAGCUGGGCUUCAAAUCCAGCAGCUCUGCCUCCAAAGCUGAGGCUGAGCUGGAGAAAGUCAGAAAAGAGAACGCUCACCUUAAAAGAAAGAUUGAUGAACUGGCCAAACGACACAUCAAAUCACCCGACUCAGACAAAAACAAGCUGCUGGAGAGGAUUCUAUCCCUUGAGACACUCAGAGAAAGAAACAACCAACAGUUAUUGGCUAAAGAGCAAGAAUUGGAAACAGUGAGACAGCAGCUGUCGGCUAAAGGUGGCGAGGUGGUAGUCUCGCUGCAAGCUCAGCUAGACCAGCAGAGGAAGGAGGCUCAGCAGAAAGACGUGUUGUUCCAGAACUUGUCACAGGAGACAGAGAACUUAAAAAACAAACUGGCUACUGUUUCUGCUCGAUGCCAGUCCUUGGAGACUCAGGUGACGCAGAAUGGACCCAUGCCUCCUGCAGACCUUGCAUUAGUACAAGAUCAACUAAAAGAUGCUCUUAACAAGAACCAGCAGUGGCUGGUGUACGACCAGCAGAGAGAGGCCUACGUCCAGUCCAUCAUUGCCCGUUUACAGGAGCUGGAGCAGCAGCAAACCAAAAAGGAGGCUGGUGUAGAUGUUUCAGCUCCUGCCAACACUCCAGUGCCAGAAAAUGAUGCUCAGCUGAAGAGUCAAUACGACCAGAUGGUGUCGAGGGUGCAGAAAGACCUGGAGAGCCAAAAAGAUCAGGUCGCCAAAACACAACAGGAGCUCAAAGUGCAGCAGGAACAGACCUUAAAGGCUAAGGCUGAGCUGCAGUCUCAGAAAGAGCAGGUCAUCAGGCUCCAGGAGGAGACUUCAGUACUGCAGAGGAGGUAUGAAGAUAAGUGCAACGAGCUGUCAUCCUUCCUCAGGAGGUACGACGAGAAGAGCAGGGAGCUGGAGCAGGCCAAGAUGCAGCUGCAGGACGAGCGACUGGGCAACAGACAUGCAGUGUGUGAGGAGAGAAAGGCGUCUUCUGAACGCGCAGACAGAAUGCGAGCCGAACUGGACAAUAUGGAGAUCAGGCUGGAGGAGGAGAGGAAGAUAUCUGCUGGUCUGCAACUGCAGGUGAACAUGCUGCAGAAGUCCCUCGUGCACCAAAAUGAAGAACAGAGAAGGAUUGCAGCUCUGGAGCAGCAGAUCCAGCUGUCUGCCAAGGACUUUGAGAAUGAACGGCUGGAUCGUCAGAGCAUGCAGCACCAGUUACACAAGGUGCUGAAGGAGCUUCGCAAGGCCCGUGAUCAGAUUGCUAAUCUGGAAUCUGCUAAACUGUCCAGCACCGGCUCCUACAAUAAGCUUGACUUUGAGCGUCUUACUAUUGAUGACCCAAUACAUCAAACAUCCCCAUCAAAAGUCACCAGUGUCUUGGAUGAAAGUUUCCUGGAGUGCCCUAAAUGCCAUGCCCCCUAUCCUACCAGCCGCCACAGGGAGCUGCUGGUGCACAUCGACUACUGCUUCGCCUAAGGUAACAGAGUCUAGAUCAAUGGUUUUUAGCCUCCGUGUUCGGACCUGUCCUCACCCCAGGGCAGCGGGAAGGAAAAACAAUUUUAAUCCAUGCAAAAGAAAAAAGACUAUUUGGUUAACCUGGUUUUCAGAGUGUGACCGUGGGUAAAUGGGAAACAUUGGUAUUUUAUUGGUCAUAACAUAAGGUUUGGAACCACUGGACUAGAUCAUAAGAUCCGUACAGAAAACAUAAACUCCGCACUGCUUCUAAACAAUGUGUGCCUCUGAAUGCUAUAAACAGAGCGUUAUAGGCGAUUUGUAAAUCUGCAAAUCUAAAAACGCCCAUUUUACAAAACACAGCACUCCCGGCAGCUUGUUUUUAUUAUCACAUCCGAACAGCUGAUAACAACUGCAAAGCUUCUAAACACUUAAAGCACAGCUACUGCUGACGAACCGUCACUGGAUACAAACAAAUAUCAUGUUUACUUCUAAAAUGUUUCAUUCAUUAGAAGUCUAAAUGCUGGAUUAUUCCAGCCAAACAUAAGAGAAAUGAAGAAUAGUUGUAUAAAGGGAAUCAAGGGGGAAUACAAGCAAAAUCACUUCUGUAUGAACUUCCAGUUCUUUUUAAUCUGACAAGCUCUUUAGUUUUUACGGUGAUUCUUCCUGCUUUUGUGCUUCAGUAUAGUUAUAGGUUUUUAUUUUUUCUAUUGUGUAUCUUUUAUUAAAUUAUUUAUUCCCGGGUUGUUAAAUGCGAGUUACUGUCUCUUCCAACCAUGAAAGAUUUUAUUUUCCUCCGUGUUUAGUGUGUAUCAUUGCUGAAUGUUUUUUCAUUGUUAUUUUGUGUAAGCGUUUACAAACCGGCCUAAUGUGUUCCAUUGAUAAGCUGGCUGGGAAAACGCACUCCGAGGUUCCACAAUCGAUGCGUUCUCUGGUUUUGUGUUAACGUUUUCCUCUGGUCCUGAAUAUUGAUCAUACGUUUGUGUUGUUCUGGAGAAAGAUAAAUUACCCAUAUAAAUCAAUGAUCUUUUUCCAUUGUGACAAUAAUGAAGAGUUUCUCAUAAUUGUUAACAAAGGUUUCCUCAUUAUCUUGCUAUGUUUGGGCUAUUGGGACCUAUAGGACCCCUGUUAGAUAAACCUCACGUAACCACGUGGUUGUUACCAGAGCUUUCUCUAACCUCACAUACACUUAGAACAUAAACAUACUGUGUGGGGGAGUUUAAUUGGUCACUUGGUGUCAGGUUGUCUGUCGGCUCUUUGCUGUUUGAGUGCAGCUCACUACCAUCUCCACCUUGACAUUUCAAUCCAUCAGGCCUGUAAAGCUGGAAUGAGAUUGCAUGAGUUAAUUCCUUGUGCUAAACUAUUUAAGGCAGGAGAUUAGUAAAGGUCCUCUCAGUAGGGGAAAAGUGGUUAAGGUGCCUUCAUUCCUACAGCCAAUGUGCCAAGAUAGACUUAAGACAGAGUCUAGGUUUUUAUUUAGACUGUUCCUUUUGAAAUCAGAGCCAGUAUUACAACCAACUUUUGAAGUUUAGCUCAUUUGUUUCAUUCAUAAUCAUGCGUGUCAGAGGUUUUUUUUUUCUCCCAUACACUGUACUGUACAAAAUGUGCAAUAAAGAUGGAAAUCACCUCACAA